AUGACGAGCAGAGACAGCCUGUUCCCGUCAGCGUCGAUCGGGCGGGGCCAGGGCCUGCACAUCCAGCGCGUGUCGUCGCAGGAAUCGCUGACUGCGCACCCGCUUCUUUCUCCCAGCUCGCCCAAGCACGCGCAGUCCCCGUCCAGCUCGUCCCUCGACCUCCCCAGUCAGCCGGGCAGCCCGGCCCCGCGCUACGUCCCGUACACCCCGAGGCAGCGCGUAGCGCCCACGUCCGCCACGACCGGCGCGACGAUGCACCCCGUCCCCCCGCAGCAGCCGCAGCAGGGCGGCGCGACGACGAAGCUGCAGCUCAUGAAUCUCAAGGCCGCCGCCCAGAAUAUCGGCUUGGACGGCGCGAGCGUGGGCUGGGCCAUCCUGGAGAAGCUGGAGAGCAUCACGGACGGGGACGCAGAGUGGAACGACGUAUGGAGUGCGCUAACGAAUGGAAAGGCAACGCUGCUCCUCCCGCUCGAGCCCAACACCAGCCACGACCCGAUCACCGUCGACGUUGUCGCCGACCACGUCGUCCUCUGCGACGGACCCUCGCGCAACGACGCGCCCGUCGUCUUCCUCUCCGGCCUGCGCGGCACCCUCACAGACGAAUCCCUCACCGUCCGCUCCUCCCUCUCCCCCGCCUCCGCGCCCUUCCGCGCCAUCCUCGACCCCGCCACGCGCGCCGCCGCCCUCGCCGCCCUCCCGCCCCUCCCGCCCGCCCCCGCCCCCGCGCCCUACCCCGCCUUCGCCGCGGCGGGCGCCGCGGGCCCGCCGUACGCGGUGAACGCGGGCGAGGGCGCGGAGGAGGCUGCCGCGCGGAUGCAGGAGUUUUACGAUGCGCUGGAGGAGGAUCUGCGCGCGGGCGGGAAGAGGCGCGCGGAGAAGGAGAAGGAGGGAGAGGACGGGGACGAGAGAGGGAGCCCGAGGGAUAAGGGCGUGUCGGAGGCGAGGCGGCGGGAGAUCAUGGAGGUCGUCGAGCGGACGAUAUGCGAGGUGUUUUACGACAGGUUGUUCCGCCAGCCUGCGUCGGACGACGCGCAGCACGACGAGGCGCUCGCGAGCCGCAUCGCCGCGCUGAACAUGCUGGAUCUCGGCUUGGAGCACCUGGGCGUCGACGCCGGGAGCGUCAGCGCUGACGUGGAAGUGAUCGUCAAGGCGUGCGGGACCACAUUGUCGCAGCUGGAGCUCUCAGAGUGUCGGUGUCCGGCGGACAAGGCUGCUGUCCUGGUUGCCGCGCACAAAAUCAUCGUCGACGGACUCUCGAGACUCCCGCCGAUCCAUCUCAAGUCAGAGUCGGAAAUCGAAGAAAAGACUCCACGUGCGUCGACGUUCGGGAAGAACAGCCCCUCGCAUGACGAGGACGACGUACCCAAAUCGCCAGCCGCGUCAACGACCGCGAUAGCAUCCCCCGAGCCAGGCACUGCGGUAUCCCCGCCGGUAGUAUCAUCGCCGCAGGCGGUACCUGCGCUCGCAAUCCCGCCUGAGGAACACACCGAAUCGAAUCCUGUGGAAACAACCAAACCAGCAUCCCUCGCCGAGCCUCCCGCCUCCCCCAUCCUCACCGUCUCCCCGCCGCCCGAGUCCGAGCACAAGCCGACGCCCGUCAGCGGCGACGUCCUCCUCCCGCUCGUGAUAUACGCCGUGGUGAAGGCGAACCCGCCGCGGCUGGUCUCGAACCUGCUCUACACCCAGCGGUUCCGGAACCACAACGUCGGCGGGGAGGAGAGCUACUGUCUCAUCAACCUCAUGGCGGUCGCGGAGUUUCUGGAGAACGUCGAUUUGGGCGCGCUGGGGUUCAAGGAGGAGGAGACAAAGGUGCUGAGCGCUGCGGACCUGAAGCCGAUCCCCGUCGCGCUCGGCAACUCGCCCACGCAGCCGCUCGCGGCGAACCUGCGCGGGCGCGUCGAGCAGCAGGUCGACGCCAUCACCGGGUCCGCGAACCGCAUGAUCUCGGGCGUCGUCAGCUCCGUCGACACCUCGUUCGGCGCCCUGCGCGCGCUGCUGCCCGGCGGGUCCGACCAGCCGGCGUUGCAGGACGCGGCGCCGUGGCACCGCCCCGGCUUCGGGCUGCUCCGGCGCGAGAGCGGGUUCUCCAUCGCGAGCCUCGCGGCGAGCCUCCCCGGGCGCGAGCGCGCGCGCCCCGCGGACGAGGAGAAGGGCCAGCAGAUGGUCGAGGUGUCCAGCCGCCCCGGGUCGGACAGCUCCGGCUCGGGGACGUCCGAGACGGGGAGCGAGGACGAGGACGAUGGGGAGGAGGAGGAGGAGGAGGCGGAGGUGGAGGUGGAGCAUGAUGCGAGGAGCAUUAGGAGCUUCGAGAGUAUGAUGAGUGAGCGGCGGAAGAAGGCGCAGGUGCCGACUGGGAGGAGGAGCUUGGCGGAUCGGCUCGCGCAGGUGCCUGGGUUGGGGAGAUUGGGCCAUGGCGGGGAGGCAGAGUCGUCGUCUCUUGCAUCCAAGGUCAAGACUUCCCCGCCUCCUUCGAGAAGGUCUUCGCUCUUACCCCCGGCGCCACCACCCAUACCAAACAGGUUUGAUACGCCUGUUUCGUCCCGCCCGACGUCACCAUCGUCCAUCUCCAUACGCCUCGCGCCUCCGAAACAACGCUUCCUCGAAUGCGCGGAAGAUGAUCUAAAGAUUUCGGAAGUCGGCGAGUUGCUGAGAGAGUAUAGACGACUGGUAGAGGGUGUUAGAGCAAUGGGCGGUUUCGACGAGAACCGCGGCCGAGAUUUCUAG